UUCAAAGGGAGAAGGAGGAGGAGCAGAGAAAUAUCGCCAUAACUUUCUGCACUGAGUUUCUCCAGAGUCCUUCCAUUGAGACAAUACUGACAAAAUCAGAGCUCCAGGCACAGCUCAUGGAAUGGACCCAAGAUAAAAACCCCAUUGUACGUCGGCUCAGUCUGCGAGGCCUUGGCAGUAUUGUGCUCCAGCCAGAAAAGGUGCACUCGUUACGGGCCCAGCUGCCAGCGAUCAUGGACAUGUUCUGUGACACGGAUAGAGGGCGUGUCAUGGGAGCCAUGCAUCAAGCUGCAGACAUCAUCUACCUCCUGGAUGGGGAGGGGCUUGGCUCCAUCUCCCAGGACAUUGCAGUCAGCCUUCGCCCCUUCAUUGAUGACGAGAGGGACAGCGUGCGCUCCGUUGCCAUUUUACUGCUUGGCAACGUGGUGAGCAGCGUGAAGGACCCGGACAAACCCAUCGUGCAGCAGAAGAUGAUCCACUGCUUGCUCCCGCUCCUGCUGCACCUUGAAGACCGGGAUGAGAGUGUGACACUGAGAUGCAAACUGACGCUCUUCCGCUGCGCAGUGUUUCUCAGGUGGGCUCAUUUGAAGACGCUGUUCCGCAGCAUGGCCUGGGAUGGCUCCACACAGCUCCGGAAGUGUGCCUGGAAGUGCUUGAUGCAGAACAACAAGAGCCACAUCCCCAAAUUCCUGUUCCACGCCUUAGAAUACCUGGAAAGCUCACAGACAACAAUCAGACAUUCUGCAGCCCUGUUCAUUGGUAAGCAGAGCGACUUCACUUGAGCUUUUUUGACCUGCUUCCUUCAAAGCCCUUUU